AUGACAACCACCCACGCCCCUACCCUCCGGUCGCUCUACCGCCGCCUCCUGCGCGAACUCCCCGUGCACCAGCCCUCCCAAACGAUCCUCUCGCACCCCUCCCCGCUCCUGCGACGCAUACGGACCUCCUUCACCUCCCCCAGUACCUCCUCACCUUCCCCCGCCUCAUCAGCGGACACAACCCCCCGCAUCCAAGCCACCGAACAGUUUGUGCAAUACCAGCACGCGCAGCGCAUGUACGCCACGCUGGUCGAGCGCUACAACCCGGGCAUGAACAUGAACGAGGAGGAGCGCGUGCGGCUGACGGCGCGGAGGGUGGGCAUGGAUUUGCCUGCCGAGUUCCUCGCCAGCAAGAGUGGCGGGGCCGGCGAUGGGGGCCAAGGGGAGAAGUGA